GUAUAGUACAGGAAGGUUCUACGUUGAUACUGCGGGAUUCAUGCUUAAUGCGAUAAUCGGGGCAACAUGUAAUAUUCAGGUGUAGCAAUGCGGUUUCAAAUACGUGCUGAAGCACGAAAUGUUUGGUUUGAGAUGCGUGCCAUAUAUCUUUCAUUGGUAGGAAAGAUGCGUGAUCGGCUUUCUGCGAGUGAUAUGAUUCAUAUUCGAAAAGUUAUGGAACAUGUUUAUGAGAAAAUCGUUUUGGCAGAAAACACCCCAUCGGGAACAACAGCAACAGCACAAAAUGCUGAAAAACAGAGUCAGACGCAACUGAAUCCUGAAGAGUUAGCUGCCCUCGCAGAGGCUAAAGUUGAACUGUACUGCAAUGACACGGUGCUGGACCCAAAAAUGGAUCUACGGACCGUACAAAAUUUGAUUUGGAAAAGCAAGACUGAUCUUAUACUUCAGUACAAGCUUUCAAAAGAUAAAUGAAGAUCAUGGCAUACUUUGUCUUCAAGAAGAGGUCAUUACAUCCUUGUUUUGUCCAGACAAUUGACGAGGGAGAAGUUGCAACAAUUUGGGAAGCCAUGAGCGACUGAGUUCUCCUUCAGUCCUUAAAGCAAAUCACCUAUUUUGCAAGAUGUCCAGAUGAGUGGUUGUUGGUCAACAGCAACAUUAAUUUCAACGAGCGCCUCCUUUACUCUAUGCUAUGUAAUUUCCCCUUGUGUAGCCUUGGAGGCACAUUUCUCUGUGUCAAAUUUUUCAGCAAUUGUUUUAGGAGUUUGAAGCUUGUCGUAAAAAUGCUUUGUUAAUUUUUGUAUAAAUAUUUCGGGCUGGUUACUUUGGUUGUAAAGUGGUGGUAAUUUGUCCUUACUUUGAAACAUUUUGGGUAUAAUUGAGGGUUUUAAUGUGAAACAUAAAGCCCAUUAUUCUGUUAUAUGUCUAAUUAGGAGAUAGGUUCUUCUUUGUAUUCUGAAAACUUCUGAAAAUUGCACACUCGUGCAACCAUACCUACCCCCCCCCCCCCCCCCCCCCCAGUAUAAAUGAAAUCUUUACUAUUUUAGUCCUCUAACUCUAUGAGAAGUACAAUAUAUUUAUAUUGAAAUUCAUAAUUCUGUUUUCAAAGAGAUAAAUUAUUGAGAUACACGAGGGAAGUGAAUUAGAAUAAAAUGUUUUUUAUAGAUUUCAUUAGAGAUCUAUAGCACCUGUAAACUGAAACUUAAGUUUCAUUGUCAGUUUAACACUUUGAUUUAUGUAGUUGGGUUGUGGUAAAUUACUUGUAAAUAGUUGUAUUUAAUGAACUCAAAAUUGAAUCCUUGCACUUCUGCUACUUAUUUGAGGCUUUCACAUGAAAGUUCCUUUUCUUUUGGUCAAUGUCAAAAGUGUAAGAUAGAAAGUCGCAAAAAUGAUUUAAGAAGUUUGGUUUCAACAAAGAUGGGGUUGAAUGAUGGAGAUGUUUGAACAAUCAUCAUAUAAUUCACAAAAACAGCAAGUGCUGCUUUUUAAUGUGUGUCUAUAAAUUGGAAGAUGCUUGCUGUAGACUAGUUUCAUCAUAAUCCUACCAGCAGUUGAAAUUGGAUGUGGUAGUCUAUUGUGUUUCCAAAUAUUUUGCUACAGUAUGCAGUUUUUGCCUGAUUUGCUGUCAAUUGAAAGAA